AUGACAAAACUGACUGAGGAUGCCGACUACGAUACCGGUGAAACGUUUGAGGAUGUACUAAGUACACCGUCUGAUGCUGGGAAUCAUGACAACUGCUAUGGCAGACGACUUCGGACUAGGUGA